CUUAAAAAAAUUGAAAAACUAUUUCAUACAUGAAUAAAGAGUUCUAUACUGGGUUCAACCGGGAUCCGGUUCAAUCCAAAGAAGGAAAAGUAAAAACCCAGCCGCCAAAAAUCGCCAUUCCACCCUAGAAACACAAACCCUACUAAAACCCUGAACCUUCUAUUCUUUCAUUUGCUCCUCUCUUUUUCUUCCCAACAAACUUUUCUUUUUCUCUAUGGAAAGAGGGAAUUUAUCUGAAAUUUCAGGCCAAUAAUUCUAACAUAAACGGCUUAGAACCCUAAAGCAAUCUGACUUUUUUUUGGUUCAAAACAAAAAUGGCAAAAACUUAUGCAAAAGGGCUAAUCUCAGCUUUUGCAGCAGGCUCUGCUUCUUCUUCUCUUUUAUCCCAAACCAAUAACAACGUUGCUUAUGCUGAUGGAUCUUUCAAUUUUCCUGUAUUUUCUUCUCUUUCUCCUUCUUCUUCUUCAGGUUCUCCUCAGUCUUCUGCUGGACAAUUGCAAUCACAGCCGUCUGCUUCACCGGCAUCUACGGCUGAUAAGGGGGCUUCUGGGAAUGUUAGGGUUAGGAAUGAUAAUCCACGGACGUCCUCGGCUGGAUUUGAUCCUGAGGCUUUAGAGAGAGGAGCCCAGGCCUUGAGGGAAAUCAGCAGCUCCUCUAAUGCCAAAAAGGCUUUUGAACUUAUGAAGAAGCAAGAAGAGACGAGGCAGGCAGAGUUGGCUGAAAGAGCUGCAGAAUUUAAGGCAAUGCAAGCCCAAGCUGAAACUGAGAGACAAAGGGUAAUAUAUGAUGAACAGAAGAAGCUAACUCAGCAUCAAGCCCAAACAAAGUCACAGAUGGCUCGUUAUGAGGAUGAAUUGGCAAGGAAGAGGAUGCAGGCAGAAAAUGAAUUCCAAAGGUCAAGGAAUCAAGAGCUAGUAAAACUGCAAGAGGAAUCAGCAAUUAGACAGGAGCAAGCUCGACGAGCUACAGAAGAACAGAUUCAAGCACAGCGGCGACAAACAGAGAGGGAAAAAGCUGAGAUCGAACGUGAAACAAUCAGAGUGAGAGCUAUGGCAGAAGCAGAAGGGAGAGCCCAUGAAGCAAAGCUUGCUGAAGAAGUUAAUCGGCGCAUACUUGUAGAUCGCGCAAAUGCAGAAAGAGAGAAGUGGGUUGCUGCGAUAAAUACUACUUUUGACCAUAUUGGAGGUGGUUUGCGAGCCAUUUUGACAGAUCAAAACAAGCUGGUUGUGGCUGUUGGAGGGUUGACUGCCCUUGCAGCGGGAAUUUACACUACAAGAGAAGGUGCAAGGGUGAUUUGGGGCUAUGUGGAUAGAAUACUGGGACAGCCAUCACUUAUCAGAGAAUCUUCCAGGGGAAAGUAUCCUUGGUCUGGCAUCUUUUCACGUUUUAUGAGUUCUAUAUCACGCAGUGGCAAUAAAAUAUCACCUUCAAGUGGGUUUGGUGAUGUGAUUUUACACCCUUCUCUUCAAAAACGAAUUCAACAGCUAGCUGGUGCAACUGCCAAUACAAAAGCCCACCAAGCUCCAUUUAGGAACAUGCUUUUUUAUGGCCCUCCGGGAACUGGAAAAACAAUGGCUGCAAGAGAACUGGCUCAUAAAUCUGGAUUAGAUUAUGCAUUGAUGACGGGUGGAGAUGUUGCUCCACUGGGACCACAGGCAGUUACAAAGAUACACCAGUUAUUUGACUGGGCAAAGAAGUCCAAGAGGGGCUUGUUGCUGUUCAUUGAUGAAGCAGAUGCAUUUUUGUGCGAACGGAACAAAACCUACAUGAGUGAAGCUCAAAGAAGUGCACUCAAUGCCCUUCUUUUCCGCACAGGUGACCAGUCCAAGGACAUAGUCCUUGCUCUUGCUACAAACCGUCCUGGUGAUCUUGAUUCAGCUGUGGCUGAUCGUAUUGAUGAAGUAUUGGAAUUCCCUUUGCCUGGGGAAGACGAACGCUUCAAACUGCUAAAGCUCUAUCUGGACAAAUACAUAGCUCAGGCAGGCUCGAGAACAUCUGGCAUGCUUCAAAAUAUUUUCAAAAAGCAGCAGCAGAAGAUUGAGAUCAAGGGACUGACUGAUGAUAUCUUAAGAGAAGCUGCAGCUAAAACUGAAGGAUUUUCUGGAAGGGAAAUAGCCAAACUGAUGGCUAGUGUUCAAGCAGCUGUUUAUGGGAGUGAGAAUUGUGUGCUUGACCCAAGCCUAUUCCGUGAAGUGGUAGAUUAUAAGGUUGCAGAACAUCAACAGAGAAGAAAACUGGCAGCUGCAGAUGGCGGUUGCGGUUGAUUUAUUUUUGAUUUGUUUUGCUGAAUUGGUACUGGGGUGGCUAAAUUUGAUCGUACCUAUUAGUUUGGCAGAUUAAAAGGCCCAAUUUUUUUGAGUUGAGGGCAUCAUGUUGUCAUUAUUUUCCCCAUCCAAUGGGUGUUGGUAUCGGCAGAAUAGGGAGACCCUUAGCACUUCCCUAACGGGGUUCAGUGUAUUCGAUGCCGAGUUAUUUGUAGGUGUUCUGUUCAAUUUGUUUCCAAAUUUCCAUGGUUAUCUUCUGCCAUAACUUUUAAGACCCUAACUUGAACGAGCUUCAGAGAAUGAAUAAGUGCCUUGAUUUGUACGAAGUAUUGAGGAAAUCAUACAUAUGGCAUUUUACAAAAGGUGUUUGGCAUUACAUUUUCUUCUCCAUCAAUGAACAUCCAUAAUAUUAAAAGGCAUGAUUAUCACUUACAAAGAACUCAAAUAUGAAAACAUGCUGUUGUAUCCUUCGAGGAGAACUUUAUUGAUUUCAUUUCUGUAAUUUUUUUUAUACCAGAAAAGAGUGAAAGGAGGCUUUCCUCUUCUAGGAUCUUUCGUAACAGACUUGCAUUGAAUUUACAAAUUACUUACCAAGAGAAAUUGCCAACAAUAUGACUCAAACCUACACUUUACAAACAAAGUAUUCGAAUCUUACCAAUCCUGGUAAUGUUUUCUUUUCUUAUCUAAGGUUUGUAUUCUUAAAUUAUUUCAGUUUAUGGGGAGGAGUCCUCCACUUGACAUGAAAAUUUCUUCGUCAAAGCCAA